GCUUUCAAGUGACAAACGGUGUGCGGCAAGGUGAUCCCAUUUCGGCUUUAUUAUUUGCAAUAUAUAUGGAACCUUUCUGCAUGAAGAUUAUUAGCAAUGAAACAAUAAAAGGGUAUCAGCUAAUGAACAGUGAAGUUAAAAUGCUAACAUAUGCCGACGAUAUUGCCGUGUUUUGUAGCGAUAAGGAAAGUGUCAGUGAAGUGAUACGUCAUGUGGCCUAUUUUUGCAAGAUGACAGGCAGUGCAGUAAACUGGGACAAAUGCCUAGGCUUGUGGCAUGGUUCUUGGGAGACCACCCCACAAAACUUUGCAAAUAUGAACUGGUCACUUGUACCGACGAAGUAUCUCGGAGUACCCCUCCAGCAUUACAAAAACACGGAUGAUUACUGGAAAGAGAUAUGUGAGAGCACUCGUGAGAAGACAAGAAACUGGGGUGGUAGGGAACUUUCUAUGUUUUCUAGAGCGACUGCAUGCAAUUGGUUCAUUGUUUGCAAAGUAUGGUAUGUUCUGCAGUUCCUAUUUAUGUCAAGAGCAAAUGUGCAGAAAUUGCAUCGAGUCUUAGCUGUGUUUGUUUGGGGGUCGGUUUGGGAGCGUACGAGUCGAACAAACUUAUUUCAUUCACUAAGAAAUGGUGGUUUAGGAUUGGCUCACCUCUUCCUCAAGCAAAUUGUGUCUAGAUAUAUUUUUUUACGCGACCAAUGUAACCCGUUUGUGAGAACAUUUCUACAAAUUGUACUUUCUAAUAAGAUUCCUGAUUAUGUGGUAUCAAGUAUGUCUGUGAAAUGUAACCUACGUGGAUAUUUAAGAGAAGUUAUAAUGGCAUAUGAAAUACUGAAAGUGAGAUUUUCAAUGGAAUAUUUAUCUGUUGUAAAGAGAAAACGUCUUUACAGAGAUCUACGUGACGUAAUGCUGCCUCAGCCUAUCUACAGAUCAGUAUACCAGGUUGGUGCUGAACGUGACGUAUUGAAGAGAGUGAAAAUGAUGACCGUACGCGCAAGUGCAAAGACAUUUUUUUUUCAGCUGCACAGCGGAACAUUGCCCGUAAAACCAUGGUUGCAAGAAAAGGGCUUCUUUGUUCCGUGGUCGAUGGACUGCCUUAUCUGUAAGAAACCCGAGACUGUCAACCACAUUUUUCUUGAUUGCUGGGAUGCUGUUUUUCUGUGGGACAUUCUGCAGCGUACUUUGAAAAAGGACUUGCCUAUCACACCACACGGUAUUAGAUUCUUGGCUGUAGAAAAUGAGGAUGGUGUGCCUUAUGAUAUGUUUAUGUUGCUUGUGCUUCACAGCGUGUGGCGAACUAGAAUGGCAGUAAGACACGUAGAUAAAGAUGCCCGAUGUGCGCAUGAAUACUUCACGGAAAGUAUUGUAUACAUAAGAGACGUGUUAUCUUCCAGAGAAGAAAGACCUGAAUGGGUGUCGUUGUUGAAUGUGUUGGCUACAAUGAAGCAGUUUUAA